AUGCCAAGUUAUGUGAAAUUUGUGAAAGGCAUCUUCUCCAAAAAGAGGAAAUUAGGUGAGUUUGAGACUCUUGCACUUACUGAGGAGUCCAGUGCCGUAAUUCAGAAUAAGUUUCCACCAAAGCUUAAUGAUCCAGGUUCAAGUAUAAAUUUUAUGCCUAUUUUCGUUUAUCAACAACUUGGUUUGGGAGAAAUUAAACGCACUUCUGUGACUUUACAACUUGCUGAUAGAUCCUUCACCUACAUUUAUGGCAUUUUGGAAGAUGUUUUGCUAAAAGUUGGAUCCUCUUCUGAGCUGGGCAAUAAUGAGGCAGAUGAAGAUGAGGAGGAAGAUUGA